AUCCGCUGCCUGAGGAACAUCAUCCACUGGAACCUCAUCACCGCCUUCAUCCUGAGGAACGCCACCUGGUUCAUCGUCCAAAUGACCAUGAGCCCCGAGGUGCACGAGAGCAACGUGAUCUGGUGUCGGCUCGUCACCGCCUCCUUCAACUAUUUCCACUCCACCAACUUCUUCUGGAUGUUCGGCGAGGGCUGCUACCUGCACACGGCCAUCGUCCUCACCUACUCCACCGACAAGCUGCGCAAGUGGAUGUUCAUCUGCAUCGGCUGGUGUAUCCCGUUCCCCAUCAUCGUGGCGUGGGCCAUCGGGAAGCUCUACUACGACAACGAGAAGUGCUGGUUCGGGAAGCAGGCCGGUGUUUACACAGAUUACAUCUACCAAGGCCCCAUGAUCCUGGUGCUGGUGAUCAAUUUCAUUUUCCUCUUCAACAUCGUGAGAAUCCUGAUGACCAAGCUGCGAGCGUCCACCACGUCAGAAACCAUCCAGUACCGGAAGGCUGUGAAGGCCACGCUGGUGCUGCUGCCGCUCCUGGGAAUCACCUACAUGCUGUUCUUCGUCAACCCCGGUGAGGACGACAUCUCCCAGAACGUCUUCAUCUACUUCAACUCCUUUCUGGAAUCCUUCCAGGGCUUCUUCGUGUCCGUGUUCUACUGCUUCCUGAACAGUGAGGUGCGCUCGGCGGCGAGGAAGCGUUUCCACCGGUGGCAGGAGCAGCACUCCAUCCGAGUCCGGAUGACGCAGGCCAUGUCCAUCCCCACGUCCCCUUCACGGGUCAGUUUCCACAGCAUCAAGCAGUCCACGUCGCUAUGA